AUGCUCAGUAUUGCACACGAGUGUGAAGCGAAUGAUACAAUCAUAGCUGAUAGACAUUUUGCUGGGAUCAUUGAUUUUUCGCAAGCUGAACGACAUGGGUUUAUUCAAGCUUUUGUUGCUUUCUGGAUGCAGCGACAUGAAAACACUCGCUCCGAGGACACACUCUAUAGUGCUGCUGAGGUAUUGCUCCGGGGGUGUGAAGAGCAUUUCCGUGCAUCUGUUACGAGAAUCAAAAAGAUUCAUGGCGUUGUUCCUGUUCAUUCAGAAAAACACUUUGAGGAACUAGUGUUGGGCCUCAUUUCUGCGAAAGAUCUUGAUGACUUCCAUGCACGAGUUGAAGUAAUUCAACGUGACUUUCCUCUCACUAAUUCAUGGCUUGGAUGGUGGCUUCGCGAGAGUAAUGCAAGAAUGCUUUUUGAAACUCAUACCCGGAUGGAGCCGGAUAUCUGGACUUCAAUACCGAAUACGACAAAUGCACAAGAAGCUCAACAUUGGAAGCUUUAUAGUGCGGUUGGACGGGACCAUGGUCUCCUUGAAGGUCUUGAAGCAUUACAUGCUGUUGCCGAGACAACUGUCAAGCUAUUCACUGCAAAUCUUGAAGGGGGCCUUAUCCGCUAUGGGAAGGCAGAGCCUUGGAAGGCAAUGAUCAAUCUGAUUGGCCGUAGCAAACCAAGUCGAGCGCCUAGUGGGCGAAGUACAAAACAGAAAUCCGAUGGACGACCUCCAGACACCAAGAAGGAUCUUCUUUCGAGGACACCUAAAAAGUCAAAAGAGUUGCCGUCCACACAUCACACAAAUUCAGCAAUAGUAGGGCCAGCAAGUUACCGGUGGGACAACAUGUCCUGUUGGGCUGACUCAGCUUGGGAUCUUCUGUAUCGCAGUAUAGUCAAGGAUUGGGCAAGUUUCUCAAGCCGUUUUAGCUCUGACUCACAAACUGAACAUCCUAUCCGCGAUUUUUACAACCUGAUGCUCCUCCGGCGAAAUGCUGAGCAUGAUUCAUUCAUUCUGAAGGUCCCUGACUAUGAUCUCUCUACAGCUCUGAGUAGUCAGCGUGACCAAUUCAGACGUCGCCUUGUAGAGUGGAGGAUAAUUAAGUCAGAUAAUGCAGUAGGAAAUGCCUUUGAUUGGUUUCCACAAGUACUGAAGGAUAAGCUCAAUGACGAUCUUGAUGAUGACAAUUGGACACAGUCCUACUUCCAAACCAUGUUUGUCACUAUCAAGCACUGCUCAGGUGAUGGCAACGGUCACCACUACCAGGUGUGCCAGAAACCAGAGAUACGUUACCUUAUUGUUCUCCGACAAGCUGCAUGCCAAGAGUUCAAGGGUGAUCUUCUGUCAUGGCUCCAAACCUUUGCUAAUGUGAACCAUUCUCCCCAAGCUCUUCCUACAUGCUGGCGUGCAAGGGAUGGAGAAUCCUGGUGCAAAGGCAGUCAGACAGAUGUAAAGUUUAUCUUAUCCCUGCCUGUUGUAUUGAUUUUGGAGGAGGAAGAAUGUACAACAUCGACAGAGUUUUGGAAUUUUCCAGCGCUACUGCAACCAUACAAAUCUGGGGAGCUGGCAACAGUGACUUAUGAUAUUGUUGGUCGAAUCUUCUACAGCCGCAGUAAAAAUCAUUAUAUCAGCCGAUUUUUAGACGAAGAUGGGAAAACAGUCUGGACUUACGAUGAUAUGGCACAUGGCGGUUGUCCAUAUGUUGAGCCUGGCGCAACUGCUGGCACCCACCUGACAGGCAGCAGCUCUACUCUCAAGUUACCAUCUGAUUUCAUUGGGGCCUUUGCUAUAUAUCACCUGCGAAAUGGAACAAGCACGCAAGAGGCCAUAUACACCUCACAACUUGCAGUGGCUCGAAGAGUUCACCAUAUGAUGGUGGAACCUGACAGCCUUCGACAUCACGUCCCAAAAAUAUGGCUAUCUCGAGUGAAGUUUGCACAACUUACCCCACAUGACCUAACAUGGCUGAAAAACCCAUUCCGUUUGGAUACUCUUGACUAUCAGGAAACCACUGAGUCUAGUGUCUCUCCACAGGAACAGGAUCAGAUGCACUCUGUAGAGACUCUCGACCAUGGUCUCAAUCAUUGCUCAAGACCAGGUAAAGGAGCAUUAGUCCAACAUGGAAAGUUCUAUUAUCCAGUGCGCAUAAUCCAUACAUCAGGCGCAAAAGGUAAGAGCAGAAAUGAAUUCGAGUGUGUUGUCAAAUUCUGGAGAGGGUGCCACUUUCCAAAAGAUAGUACACAUCCACUCGCAAUAGUCAGUGUCGAUCAGAGCUCAAUUAUUGACGAGCUUUGGGGAAACCAACACCAACGCAGACAGACAAGGCUUGGACGAUGGGAUCAUCCACCAUUGCGUCUCAGUGAAGAAGAUAUCCUCAUGCAAUUUGAGGAUUAUCCGUACACAGAGGAGGUCAAUGAUGCCCUGAAACCGCAUCUUGAAUUUUUGAAGACGUUGCACUGCUCUCCACAAGAUUGUUCUGUUGAAGAAGUUCCGGCCAAGGUAUAUGUUGAAAAGUCAAAGAAGCCGAUACAUCAAUGCACUAUACCUUUCACUGGCGGCUUGACUAUCGAAGACCAAGCCCGAGUUGCGAAUUGGUUCGAAAAAUUUGUCAGUCAAACGCCAUCUAUCUCCCGCUCCAAGUGGCACUCUCUUCUUGCACAUGCACAUGCCAUAACCUUGUUCCUUGACCAUCGACUUCAUCGCACUGCCACAGGAAUGUCCGAGUCUGAACGCCUUCACAAUGCUUGGAACCACCAGACAACAACAAGACAGAUUUCUUCAAAUAGCUCAAAUACCAUAGAUGUUGACCUCGAAUGUCUCGAAUAUCUGGAAACUCGCAUGUUUGAACGAUCAAGAGAGGCAGGUGUGGCAGGCUGGUACCAAUGGGGACUUGACGUUGGUUAUCACCAGGACAAUUGGGAUCCGUAUAUAGGACUUCGAGAGGGAUUGAAUCACUUCAAUUUUCAGGAUGAGAAGGGUGACAGCCUUGAGGUGAGUAUUAGUUCUCGAGAUCAUUAA